GCAGCUGGCUGCUAUUUACUUUGAUUUCGGUUCGGGAGUGUUCCCGGUUUUCCGCCGACUUUCACGCAUUUCUUUCCUCGUUCUGCGCUUGCAAAAUGCGCAAACAUUGCUGAUGUCAAAGGAUAUGCAGGCGCGCGUGCCACUCCACGCGUUGUGCCUUGUGCCAACAACGGGGCAUGCCCGCACGUUUACCUUAUCCACGCUGUACGGACACGUUUUGCCGAAACAUCGUAAUGGUGGCCUUCUACUUGCUCGGAGCUGCCAUGACGGCGGCCGUGUCAACCGCAGGGGAUUACGUUACGGGCCUGUGCCGGCUUCCGUGGAUUCGCGCGCUGGCGGACAAUGCGACGCACGGUUUGAUCGCGUUCCUAUGCUGGCUAAUGGUUUCGGGUCAACCGCUGCGAAAGGCCAGCCUGCUAGACAGCUUACUCAGCGGUCUGUUUGGCUGUGCUGUCGACGUUGAUCACUUUGUUGCCGCAAGAUCUCUGAAAAUAGAGAACGCCACAAACCUGAAGACGAGACCGUUUUUACACUGCAGUUCAGUGGUGCUCGUGAGCUUGUCGGUUGUUGCACUCUUGGGAAAGCUGUUGGGAUUGUCCCAAGUCUACAAAGUAGCACUGAUUGCUUUUGUGGCAGUGGCAUCGCAUCACCUGAGAGACUCCAUACGGAGAGGCUUGUGGUUGUGGCCCUUUGGCAGUACGAGCCCUCUGAAGUUGCACAUCUACUACAUUGGACUUGCAUGCACAGUGCUAAUUGCAAUGGCAGCCAUGAAGCAGGUUCCCCAACAAAGAAGCACUGCUGGCAUACCUCUAGUGAGAAUUGUGUAAAGAAUUUCAAUCAAAUAAAAGCCAUAGAAUCACUGUUGCAUUCUCAAA